CAUGAAUACGCUUGCGUGCUUAGUAUUAUUUGUUCUUUGCCUCGGCCGGAUGGCCUCCUGUGACAAGAUCCUCAACUGUUACUGGGGCACCUGGGCCAACUAUCGACCGGGAGAUGGCAAGUUCGAGCCGUCGAACAUCGAUCCAUUCCUGUGCACCCACAUUAGCUACACGUUCUUUGGCAUCAGCGACUCGGGCGAAUUCAAGUCCCUGGACACUUGGCUCGAUAUGGACGAUGGCCUAGGCUUUAUAAGCAAGACAAUCGCACUGAAGCAACGGAACCCCAAACUCAAAGUAUUGGCAGUUGUGGGUGGAUGGAACGAAGGAUCCACCAAGUACUCNGAAUAUCCUGGACAGCGCGGAGGAAGUUCAGCAGAUCGGGCGAACUUCGUAACGCUUCUACGGGAAAUUAAAGAAGCAUUCGCUCCUCACGGCCUCGAGCUGGGCAUCGCUGUGGGAGCCUCUGAGGCGUCUGCCGCCAUUUCCUACGAUAUUCCGGCAAUUUCUGAGCAUCUAACAUUCAUUAAUGUUAUGACCUACGACUUCCACAUGGCAAUGGAUGGCUACUUGGGAUUCAAUGCUCCAUAUCCAGAGGUGGAGAAGUCCAUCGAUUACUGGCUGAGCCAAGGUGCGCCGGCCGAGAAGCUAAUCCUUGGCAUUGGUUUCUAUGGCCACAGCUAUCAGAUGGCGGACAGCUCGCAAAAUCAGCCGGGAGCACCUUGUAGGGGACCCGGAGAAGCCGGACCUUUUACCCGUGAAAAAGGUUUCAUGGGUUACCACGAAAUAUGCCAAAUGAACUGGCAAUCUGUGUUUGACGGAGAGAGCAAGUCGCCUUAUGCAUUCAGUGGGGAUCAGUGGAUUGGCUACGACAACGUGCAGAGUAUCGAACUCAAGAUGCAAUUGGUGCAGUCACGAAAUUUGGGUGGCGCCAUGACCUGGUCCAUCGAGACCGACGACUUCMGUGGGCUGUGCGGGGAGACUUAUCCGCUGUUGAAGGCAAUGAACAGGGGACUGGGAGUGGAUGUGGGCAACGGAGGAGGCAGUGGUGGCGGUGGCGGUGGUGUAACUGCUGCACCUACACCUAAACCGACUCCUGAAGGCGGCGGCGGCAACGGCAAUGGCGGCGGUGGAGGUGGAUCCAGUGAGGGUUGCACAGGAGAUGGCUACUUCUGGCAGAUUGGAGACUGCAAUCGCUUCUAUCAGUGCGUGAAUGGAGCUCGCUAUGACUUCAAUUGCGGAGAGGGUCUAUAUUUUAACCUUGACACACUCAGCUGUGGUUGGCCCGCAGAUGUCGAUUGCCCCUAUUAAGACUCUAAAUAAAUAAAGCAAAAGGCGUAAA